AUGGCCAAAAAGUCAUCAGAAGAGAUUGGUUUCGUAUCAUACGCUCAGCUGGUAGGAGAACCAAUUACCCAAGGAUGGGUUUUCUCCACUGGUGCUUCAGUGCAUGUAUGCAACUCUAGAGAUAAGUUCGUUGACUAUCGUCCGGUCACCGGAAAGCAUGUGUCACAGUUAGAUAAUAGCAAAGUUAAUGUAUCUGGAAUUGGAUCGGUGACACUGAGGUUCACCUCCGGCCAAACGGUAACCCUCAAGGACGUUGUUCACAUUCCUUCGUUUAUCAACUGCUUCGUAUCGGUUGGACGAUUCGUCGAGGAAGGGUUUGCAGUUAGCUUUGAGUCGGAGAAAGCCAUGAUCUACAAGAAUAAGAAAUUUGUGGGAAACGGUUGUAUGCGACCAGGAGGUUAUCUUUUAAACGUUGAUAACGAUGAUCACCCCGCUGGAGCCGCUACUAGCACUUAG